CUUACAUCCGUCAACCUGAGGUUCAUUCGAGCUUCUAAAUAGUCAACUUUUCAAGUGAUCUUAAUGUGCUUUCCCACCAGAGUUUCAGUUUGAUUUGGUAUUGCGCACGAGUGCUCCAUCUGUUCAAUACUUCCUACUUCCUGUCUUCCUGCUGAGAUCACAACAUUGCAAACCCACCCGCCCUAAUGAAAGCAGUUAUCACACAUCGAUUCUUGCCUAAGCGUCUACUGAGUCUCGCUCUCAGUAGUCCUCUUGGGCAGGGCGCGCAAAUCAAAGAUGUCCCAACCCCAAGCAUCACCGAUGAUGAGGUCUUGGUCAAGGUGCGCGCUGUCGCGCUGAACCCCAUCGACUUCAAAGACAUCGAUUUCGUUUCCCCACGCAAUUCUGCCAUUGGCUGCAACUAUGCGGGUGAGGUGGCUCGGGUCGGCAAGAAUUCAGGACAGCGUUGGAAGGUUGGAGACCGAAUCGCUGGCUUUGUCCAUGGGGGCUUAUAUCCCGACGUUGGCUCAUUCGCCGAGUACCUGAAAGUCGAUGGAGACUUGGCCUGGAAGGUGCCUGACGAAACGACCCUGGGCGAAGCCACCACCUACGGAGUUCCCGCAGCCACCGCGAUGCUGGCCCUUUCGUACCUUAACAUUACCCGGGUGGAUAUGGAGAACGGACGCAGCGCUCAACAAGGGGACCCUCCGGCCAUUCUCAUCUAUUCAGGAGGCUCGAACGUCGGUCUCUUCGCCAUUCAGUUGGCCAAGAGAGCAGGAUACACGGUUGUGGUCACGGCCUCGCCACGUUCCUUCGACCUCGCAAAGCGCUAUGGUGCCGAUGCAGUAUACGACUAUCGGACAUCUGCAUCCAUUGGCGAGAUCAAGAAGGCCUAUCCAAACAUCACAAAAGCUCUCGACUGCUUUUCCGAAGGCACUUCUGCCGCCUUCUGCGCUGAUGUGUUUCGCGAAGGUGGCAAAGUGAUCACGCUUCUUGAUCAAGGAAAGCCGAAGAAGGAGAACGUGACCUAUGAUUUCCUCAUGGUUUACACUGCCUUCGGUCGCAAGUUCCAGAUGUUGGCGCCUCUUGGCCCCGUGUUCCCGGUGAAGCCGGCAGACCGUGAAGUCAUCAGCAAGUUUUAUGGUAGCUUGCCCAGCCUGAGGCUGAGGCCUCCACCCAUCACCACAAUCAAGGGCGGCUUCAAUGAGAUAUUCGGAGGUCUAGAUACACUUCGCAAGGGAGAGGGUCGAGGUACAAAGCUUGUCGUCGAGUUUCAGGAUUGAUAUAACCCUACUCCCAGUCGCUAAUGAUCUUGUUGAGCCUGCUUGCUUUCUAAAAUCUCGCCGUCGUCUGUCUUCUUGUGAAAUUGUACUGGGGUUCGCGAAGUAUUUGUCAGACUCUUGCGAAACGUAUUGGUAUUGAACGUUGGAUCUCAAGCACAUUUUCCCCAUUACCAUGAAAACAACCUCUUGCUGACUCUCUUCCAUCAUUUCAAUCGCUACGGUGGGCUCUCCGCGUUCCAAGUUGACGGUCGCGAGGGAGAUAUCAUUCUGCAGGAGCUCCAGCCACAGGCACCACGUGGUGGCCGGCCGAUCAGCUGGCAAGCUCAGUCAAGUCACGGAGGACGCUGGCAUGGACCUCGUCGUAUGUGUAGGCUACAAAAGGCAUCAUCCACCAUACACAUGUAAUUCUUCUUUGCACCGUGAUCCGCCAAUCUAUUAUUCGC